AUGAGUGCAAUUCGACGGGGGACGAAGAGCCGAGCGAGGGAUACAGCCCGCUACGCAACGGCUGCUACCACGCGAAGGUCAACACGCUCAAGAAAUGGUAACGGGGACCUCGUCGAGAAAGAGGCCGAAGACAAAGAACAACCUUAUCUACUCACGUCCCUUCCCUUAAAUUUAACUUCCAAGUACGUAAACACGGGCCCGGGCAGAAUGAGCCUCCAGGCUCCCAAGGUCUCCAAGGUCGAAGUCUCUCCCGAGGAGAAGGAGCGUGUCCUGAAGGCCCUGGGCCUUAUCUUGCAAGCUGCUUGCAAUUUGGAUCUGUCUGACCAGGGAGGGCUUCCGAUUUCACUGGACCGCAACCGCGAUAUGAUCUGGGAUUGGCGUUCUGUAGAACUGUCAGCAAAGGAGUACGGCGCCUUUGCGUAUGGUAUGGUCAGCCACGAGAUAGUGAAAGGCCACAUGGACGCUGUGUCGUAUGACUGGACUCCCCUCGACGGCCACAGGGGCAUCCUCAGCGUGCGCCAGAAGUGCGGCUUCCAAAGACUGCUGACGAGGGUCCUGGACGAAGUUAUUAGUGAUGCCAUGAGUAAAAACGAGCUCCUGACGUCACUGACAGAACAUACGGAUUUGGAGACCCAAUGGCGCGUGCCAGUGAUGACAGGUACUGUCGAGGGCAUACGCACGCCGUGCCGCUCCUGGAUCUACUAUCCCAAGGAGAAGAGGGGGAAGCAGAAGAACGGAGUGGAGGGGAACGAGAAGGAGGAUUUCAACUUCGUGCUAGAGGUGGGUAUGGGCGAUAAAACGCCGAUACUGAGAGAGCUAGCAGCCUCGUACAUUAAGAAGGGCACGCUGUGCGUCAUGACAGUCAAAUUUGAGCGCCAUGGUGAGUACGAUUAUGCCUGGUCGUACUCUCUAUACCGUCGCGGCAAGGCGAUCCAUUCCCCAGGACAGGUUACGACUUACGAUAUGGUUUGCGGCCAGCAGGACAUACGGGUCAAGGUGAAUGAGCACGGGAUGGUCGAGUUCCCCGUGGGACUAACGCUGUUUGACUUCGUGCCGUCUAGCGUUUUGAAGAAGCACGGCGUGACUAGUGAUAAAAACAAGAAGGCCGUCAUUGAUCUGAACAUGAGCCUGGGGAGCGUAAACUUGUUGGAAGUAAGACUAGGUGGGCUUUAUACCGGCAGGCCGUAUACUCCGUCCAAACAUUUACAGAUAUGGGAAUGGUUAUUGUGA